ACAUAAUUGAGCUGUCAAGUCUCCUAUUACGUAACAGUCAAAGUUACGCACGAUUUUGCUUCAGAUGGAUAAAUUUUGUAAUCCAUCUCUCUUAACAUGAUCCCAAUUAUUAUAUUUGUUGAGCCUGUAGGGGUCGACUUAGAGUGCUUCUAGUGGUGGUGAUGAAUUGGUGUGCGGAUAAAAAGUUGUUCGAUUUUAUUGAUAGCAGCCGUCUAAUAUAAACAAAAAAUACGGAGCUUAAAUUAAUAAGUGAACAUUUGGGCUAAUUUGACACACGAAAAGUGAAAUGUAUUGUUUGUGAGAAGAAAUCUUGCGAAGUGAAAAUGUUUAUUGUGUAUUUGGCGAAGCAAAAAAGAAAGAAGCAGGCGCAGAAGAGGCAGAAAGAAAUAGAAAAUUCAACAACAUUUUCAGCACUUGGACUAGCCACAACAACAAGCCAUUUGCUGCUGCCAACAACAAUUGAACACAAACUACGUACGCAAUACACAACAUAAAAAUCAAUACCUUGAAAGCAGUUUAACAAAGGAGUGGGUAAAAAAGCGAAAAUACUGUGGAUUACUCUAUCUAAUUAUCUUUUGUAAGACAAAAAUCCCUUUGUCCUUCAUAACACUGUUUUGCGUCCUUGAAAAACGCCUUCACUUUGCCUAGGGCCACAGUGCUCAGCCAAAACCACUGAUGUUCCCGCAGGUGUCAGUGAUUUUGGAGGCAGUAUACGUAAAGUGAAAUUAUGACGACGGAGAACAAUAUUCAACGAAUGACGAAACUCAUGCUCGCCGACCAACAGCUACAGCACAAUUCGCAAACAGGCACACCCGCACAGACAAACUAUAAUCAGCUGGCUGGCACAGUGGUGAUGAGAAAGCACAGUAAUAUUAAUGGCGCAAGUGGCAGUAAAAACUCCAAUAGCAAUCGCAAUGAAGUUGGAAACAGUGAGCCAACGGUCGACUGCUUGGCUACAUCUCCUACUUCACCUGGUGAGAUGAGCUCUAACGAAUUAUGCCAGUUGAAACGCGAAUCAGACCCACAGUACUCGCGUUUUGCAGAUUUUUUUGUGAUAUGUGGUUUGGAUUUAGAUACGGGUCUAGAGCCUGAUCGUUUUGCAGGUGAUAAUUUGCAUUGUUCGCCCCUCGAUCGCGCCUAUAAGAGUAAACCGUUGGCUCACUAUCCCGAAAACGUACCAUGGAAUCCAUUUGAUGCCCAUGGCAUUUGUAUGCUUUCACUACCGCAGGGGCUUCGUUUUCGCACUCAAAAGAACGACAUUGAACCAAAGUUUCAUUCGUUCGCUACUACCAGAGAAGAUGGAAAGCGUUGCUAUGGAUUUAGCUUAGUGUUCUAUGAGGAAAUUCGUAAUCGGAAUAUUUGUAGUGCAAUGCACACGUUGCAGUCCAUGUUUAUAACGGAACUCUCGAGCGGACAACAAACCCAUUCACUUGAUCGUGUGAGACAAAGUCCUGUGAGUCGUUCGCUCCCGCGUCAUUUUAAAGUGGCCGGACAGGCACCACAAUCAGCACAAAGUUACUAUGAUAUUACGAAGGAUAAGCUGUUUGUUGCCAAAAGUAUUUCACUUAUAUGCCAAGUUCCAUAUGCAUUCGCUGCCCAAGUAUUUCUCAGCAACCUCUACAAAUGUCUUCCACGGCAACCUGGUCCAGGUAUCAGUCUCGAAUCCUACGUCUACAAUAUUCUGUACGAAGUAAUGUUGCCACAGCCUGGCAAAUCAAUACGAAUUUACUUGCCGCCUCCUGAGCCGCACUUGCCGCCUUUGGCUGUGGUGUUGCAGCGCCCAGAGCCAAGCACUGAACUGCCAUUACUAGACUUUCCAUUACGAUUGCUCUUCACGUACCUUGGUAUUGAAUGUGUUAUACAAUUAUUGACCUGUGUGUUGUUAGAAAAUCAAGUAUUGUUGCGUUCAAAUGACUACCAAAAGCUAAUGAUUGUUGGUGAGUGCAUCACUUCAGUUUUAUUUCCAUUUGUAUGGCCACACGUAUAUGCCCCAAUAUUGCCUGCUUCCCUACAUCACUUUUUGGAUGCUCCUGUGCCAUUUGUCAUGGGCCUUCAUGCCGAUUGCGAAUCCGCUAAUAAAAUUGGAACCGAGGCUACACUUUGUUUUGUAGACAUAGAUAAGAAAAUUAUUCAACUACCUGAAGAGUUGCCAAUAUUUCCGCAUAAAGUCGAUUUCAUGGCAGAAAUUAUAUCAAUUUUGGACAAAUUCGAAAUAGAACGGGAUCGUUCCUAUGAACCAAUACUCAAAAAUGGUUAUGCGACACGCGAUCGCGACGUCAUGAUUAGUAGUUGUACGCUACCGUCUGGACUACAAGCGGCACGGCGUAGUAAGGAACGCUUUAGUCAACUUCAAGAGACCGUUUACACGCUGGCCGGUAGCGGUCAUGGCAGUCCAACUGGUGCAGAUAAUGGCAAUGGUCAUCAUCUCGAAUAUCAACCACUCAUUGCACAUCCUAUGAAAAUCGAUCAUGUACCACGUAUUGCUGAUUUUUUGCGACGAAAAGGAGUGCGAACACAAUCACCUAGUGCCGUGUCACUUAAUGACACGACAAGCUUUGACGCAGUCGACGCAACAAUGUCUCCUACAAAAGCUGCAGCAACUGCACGUAAAGACACAAAAGCGACAGCUAUACUAUCUCUGGAAGACCAAUACUAUCAGGACUUGCGUAUUAAUAAUUCAUUGCGUGAAACUUUUCUCAACCGGUUUGUGCAUAUGUUUUACGCAUACGAAUUUUUCGUCAUCUAUCCGAAUCAAGCUCGCGACGAAUGGCUAUCAAAUCGCGAGACAUUGCAAAAUUUUGAUAAAUCAUCAUUCUUAUCCGAUCAGCCUGAACAUCAUCGACCGUUUUUGUCGCGCUUUUUAGAAUCUCAAAUGUUUGCUACCUUAAUCGACAACAAAAUCUUGGCGAUGUGGGAGAAGGAACCUGACGCUAAUUUGCGCAUAUUCGAUCAGCGCGUAAAGCUUUUAAGAAAGCGGCAUGGAGAAAAUAUGAUUUGCGCCACCAGUUACGAACCGUGCGUUAUGUCACAGGAGGCGCAACAAGCAUACGAGAAACGUUUACAUUGCAUCGACAUUGAAGUGACACCGCCCAGCGAGAUACUCUCCAAUAGAGCUGCUUACUUUCGAAGCUUUCCGCUACUCGAAAAGUCUGUGCUAAAUCAGGAGUGUGCUUCUAGGGGCAACAGUUUGCGGCGGGUAAAGAAUGGCAACAAAUGGCGUGCUAAGGAAAUUUCAAUAGAGCAGAAAUCAACGAAUGCACUAAAUCGCCUAUCAGCAAAUCUGUCAACCGCCGAAGUUAGUCCGGCAUUGCUGGCACAGGCCAAUUGGACUUUUGUGGAACGGCUGCUAAAAGAUAUUAAAUCGAAAACCAAGCGUAUGCUUUUGGAGAAGAUGGGAACCGAAGCGGUAGCUCUGGGUCUUAAGGGUGACGGUGUUGAGGAGAAUACAUUAAUUGCCUCUUUAUGUGAUUUACUGGAAAAAAUUUGGUCUCAUGGCCUACAAUCAAAGCAAGGUAAAUCGGCACUGUGGUGUCAUUUGCAGACAUACUUGGAACUGCAGGAUGCUCGUGCCAAUAACAGCACUACGACAACUGUCACAAAUGCUACAUCCAAAGCGCUGGGCGGCAACAACAUUGGCAGUGGCAGUUACGCCGGCACAACGCCCGCACUCGCUUGGAAUGUAAUGCGUAAACGGAUGGACUAUUUAUCAACAUUCCAAACAGAUGUCGAUAGUCCACCCAGUCCAAAUCGCAGUCGCUCGCGUGAUCGUAACAAAUUCGUUGGCCUCGAACAAUUAUGUCCAUUGCCAGAGUCAUUGGAGUUUGAUGUCAAAAACGUGCUGGCCAUGGCAGAUAUAAAGACUCAUAUUGGUUAUACCCGCGCCUGGGUGCGUCUAUCGCUCGAGAAAAAAUUGCUAUCACGUCACUUUAGAACUCUACUUUCUGAAGACUCAUUGCUGCGCUCGCUAUACAAACGUAAUGCCUUCCUGCGCUGCGAAGAAGAGAAGGAGCAAUUUUUGUAUCACCUGCUAACACUCAAUACAGUAGAUUACUUCUCAUUCACCAACACGUAUCCAACAACAAAACUACCUUAUCGAGUAGUGAUAUUUCCUUCCCGAAAAUAUGGCUCCUAUCAUACCUCUAGCAAUGUAUGGAUAAUUGUAUCCGGAACAAUGAAUGAGACACAACGGGUGCCUGUACCCAAAGGAUCGCUGGAGUUUAUUUUUCAUUAUAAGAAUCUCGGUUUGUUGACAACAAUGCGCAUUGGCCACGAUAACUCAGGACCAUCGCACAAAUGGCUGGUUGAGCAUGUAGUUAUGCGUAAUGAAGUCACCGGUCACACGUAUAAGUUUCCUUGCGGUCGUUGGCUCGGGAAAGGCGUUGAUGAUGAUUCUACCGAACGUUUACUUGUUGGGCAACGCGUUUCUACUAACUCUAAGAAUACUGAAGUGCCAACUGUUGCCAAUCAGACACCACCGCGCACGCGCAGUCCAAGUGUACAACGUCAGGAUACGGUACCCACUUCUGAGUUGAAGCAUCAAUUGGGCAAUUGCGUAAAUGUGAUUGUAAAGUGGCACUAUAGGCCAAGUCGCGAUCGCGACGUCGGAACUUUAACGAAUUUGCUUUGUGGGGAUGAUGGUUUGGUGAAAUGCCUAGAGCGAAUAUUCUUAUGCGGAUUUCGUUCAACGCGUUUCUUCGGAAAAAAUCUUUAUAUAUGGGAUUAUUUUACUAAAAUCAAGGAACAAUUCGAGCAGUACAUGCAUCACGAGCAGCAACAACAACUACAGCAGCAGUUGGAUGACUCUGCAUCUAGUAUGGACUCAUCGUUUAGUGAUGGUAGUGGUGCAAAUAGUUUGCAACGGCGUGAAUUGUCAGCCAUUUGGCGUUACUACGUGCAUUUGAUGGAUGAGAUAAAUGCGGCCGGUAGUCAAUUGGGUAAAGAUGGCAAAUUUCAGCUUCUUAUUUGCCUCAGCUUGCGUGAGCAUUUGCUAACGCGCAUGAUCAAGCCCAUGGCUAUGACGAAGGUGACACAGGAAAUGUAUGAAGAGGAAAGUUUUCUUCGCCGUAAAAAUCUGCUGACAUUUCUCAUUCAAAUACUCGAACCACUGGAUGAUUGUCAUAUUGUGCUGGAAAAUUCAAUUACUCAAGGAAUUCCAUCACAAUGUUAAUUUAAAUAAAAAGCAAAAUCGCACACGUACAAUUUUAAGUUAGCCGUGCAUUCAUAGAUGUCUUAUUGAUUCCUACAAAAACAACAAAUAGCAUAUGAUCCGUGAUCAAGUUUUCGGGCAGCUAAUGAAACAAGUCUUAAUCUGUAGUCCCCUUUUGCGACAAACAAAACAAAUUUAGUUAUUUACAUAUUUGCACGUAUUUUCAUAAAUGGCACAAGUUACCGCCACUUUUGGAAGCGUGUAAAAUAGAAGUGAAGUCAAAUUCUUGCCCAGUACGUUAACCAAAGACUUCAGCAAUUACGAACUAUUUUUCGUUAAAUUGUAUUAACUUAAAUAGUUUAUAUUUUUAUUAUGAGUGUAAAGCAUAGAAAACAAAGACUCAACAAAGACAUUUGAUUUCCAAAUUACAAGUGAUGUGGAAAUUGUUGUGCAAUUAAUAGUUAUAUAAGACAAAAAUUUCAAAAAAGGAUAAGACAUUUUUUAUUCUGUAAAUGUGUUUAAAAAAACACAUUCGCAUUGUGUCAAAUACUUUAAAUUUUUUUUAAAUUAACGGUAUAUUGGUUGCUUUCAUCCUUACGUAAUACAUAUUUCCUUAAUAUACCAAAGAUAUUUUGCAUAUUCACAAACUUUUGUAGUUUUUGCUCGUUAUAUACACAAAUUUGUGUUAUAAAGAUGCUCUUUUUUAUGAGAUUAUUUACAUUUUUAUAUGUUGAUAUAUUUAGUUUUUGUUUUUCAAUUAUAUUAAGACAUGUACAUGAUUAAAUUUAUUUUUGCUAUGAACGAUAUUAUUUACUUCUUUUUGAAGUGUACACCUUAAGAAUUACAAAACAAUGUACUUGCAACAUUCGAAUAACUUAACAUUUAAUACUCUACGGUGUGGCAUGUUCUAAAAAAUGUACUAUUCUAUACAUGUGAACACCUAAAUUGCGAAUCUCUGCAAAUUGUAAAAUUAUAUGUAAAACUGGAUUAAACUGAAAUUUAAAUAUAUAAUGUGGUACAUAGUCGUUAAUAAUAAAGUGAG